GGGGCCUGUUCCUCGCUGGGCUCGCUGGGCUGCGGGCGGGCCCGGGCGGCGCGCGCUGCGCUCGGCCGGGAGCAGAUAUAAUUCAGCUGGAAGAACGUAUGGCUGGCAGAUAGAAAGUCACUGCUCUUUUGGAAGGCCUCCCAUUCCACUGCACCAGGACUUUCCAGCUGAAUCUUGGUGGGAACUGUGUGUGCGGGGUUAGCUGCCUGGGAAGCUCUCACAGCUGGGCUGGCAGCCCCUGGAUGUGGCUGUGGGUGCGGAACGUGUCGUCUCGCCAUCGCGUGGUUCAGUGCUGGGUGCUGACACGUGCCCCGUUCCAGAGCCAAAUGGAAACCCCACAGUGUGAGGGUGUGCACACUUCCACUGGAGAUUGCUGGAAGGCUUGGGAAGGUGACUGGAAGCAGCACAGGGUGAAGGUUCCAGCACUGUGGUAAGUGUGCUAUUUUAAACCAGCCAGGAGAAGAGCUGGGAAAGGAGCUGCUGUGGAACUGUGAGUCCAGGAGUGAAUCACUUGCUGAUGAAUUGUCUGCAGCUGUGUGUGGGAAGAUGAAAGAGCUGAGAAUUUAAAAAGAGGAGGCAGCAGUAGCUGGCAGCAUGUUCUUGCUCAUGGCGAGGGGAGGGAAUGUGCGUGCAGAGUAUGAGGGCAGUGGCUUUCUAGAAGAUGACCAUAGAGGAUCUCCCAGAACCUUCCUUCGAAGGAGAUUCCCUCAUUGAAAGAGAACGAUUCUUAUUCCCAAACUCUGAAACAUCUGUUACUUUUUCUGUUGCUGCAGCACCAAUGCCUUCUGACUGUGAGUUUUCCUUCUUCGAUCCCAACGAUGCAGCAUGCCAAGAAAUACUCUUCGACCCCAAAACAUCAGUUUCUGAAUUGUUUGCUAUCUUAAGGCAGUGGGUUCCACAGGUCCAGCAGAAUAUUGAUAUUAUUGGGAAUGAGAUCAUUAAAAGGGGUUGCAAUGUGAAUGACAGAGAUGGACUGACUGAUAUGACUCUCCUACAUUACACUUGCAAGUCAGGGGCUCAUGGCAUUGGUGAUGUCGAAACUGCUGUAAAAUUUGCAACACAGCUUAUUGAUUUGGGUGCUGACAGCAGCUUGCGCAGCCGCUGGACAAAUAUGAAUGCCUUGCACUAUGCUGCCUACUUUGAUGUUCCAGAACUGAUCAGUGUUAUUUUGAAAAAUGCAAAGCCAAAAGAUGUGGAUGCCACCUGUAGUGAUUUUGAUUUUGGAACAGCUUUGCAUAUUGCUGCAUUUAACCUAUGCACAGGAGCUGUCAAGUGUUUACUGGAACAUGGAGCAAAUCCUGCCUUUAGGAAUGACAAAGGGCAGAUUCCAGCAGAUGUAGUUCCUGAUCCAGUAGAUAUGCCCCUGGAAAUGGCAGAUGCAGCAGCCAGUGCAAAGGAAAUCAAGCAGAUCCUGCUGGAUGCAGUGCCUCUCGCAUGUGACAUCUCCAAAGCCAUGAUUCCAACCUACGACCACGUCACAGGCAGGGCCAUGCUUCUGUCACUUGGCCUGAAGCUGGGAGAUCGUGUUGUUAUUGCAGGACAGAAGGUUGGUACCUUAAGAUUUUGUGGCACAACAGAAUUUGCCAGUGGCCAGUGGGCUGGUGUAGAGCUGGAUGAACCAGAAGGGAAGAACAACGGAAGUGUUGGAAAAGUCCAGUACUUCAAGUGUGCACCAAAACGUGGUAUCUUUGCACCCCUUUCCAAAAUAAGCAAGGCUUCUGAUCACAAGAAAAGCUCCGUCCGAAGCUCUUCCAUGAAGUCUUCACCUGUGGUCAAAUCCAAGAAAGUAGAUGUGACACACAUAACUUCCAAAGUGAAUUCUGGCCUUAAUAUUGCAAAAAGAGACAGUGCUUCUGAAAACAACUUUCUGGCUGCUAACAGGGGAAAAACAGUACCUGCAAAAGAUGGUUUUCCUGGGUACAGCAGCUCUUCCUCUUCUACUGCCUCCUUGGAAGGCAAACGGAAUUACUCCAAGAAGAGGAACUCAAUGAGCAGCAGUAAAAAGGCCCUGACCAGAGUGUCUUCUGCCUCAUCUAAGAUCAGUGCUGGGCUGUAUAGUUCCCCAACCACGAGGAAAAAUGCUCUUGAUGGAGAAAUCCAGGUUGGAGACAGAGUACUGGUGGUGGGACAGAGAACAGGCACUGUUAGAUUUUGUGGGACAACAAAAUUUGCACCAGGGUUCUGGUGUGGAAUUGAACUGGACAAGCCCCAUGGGAAGAACGAUGGCUCUGUGGGAGGAGUGCAGUACUUCAGCUGCCUUCCCAGAUACGGCAUAUUUGCACCCCCAUCUCGUGUACAGAGACUGGCUGGUUCUCUGGAUUCUCUCACAGAGACUUCAUGGAGUAAAGUAACUCACACUUUUCCAGGUUUUAGACGCAGUCUAAGCAGCACUUCUGCAUCUUCACAAAAGGAGAUAAACAGAAGAAAUGCCUUUGUUAGAUCCAAGAGCUCUGUGCUGCGGCGCAGCUGGAGCAGCAGCACGGCAUCUCCCUCCGAGGGGCCCGUGAAGCUGCACGAGGGCUCCCAGGUCCUCCUGACCAGCUCCAACGAGAUGGGCACCAUCAGGUACAUCGGCCCCACAGACUUUGCCCCAGGGAUCUGGCUGGGGCUGGAGCUCCGCAGUGCCAAGGGGAAGAACGACGGCUCUGUGGGGGAGAAGCGCUACUUCAGCUGCCGGCUGAACCACGGCGUCCUGGUGCGCCCCAGCAGGGUCACCUACCGUGGCAUCAACGGGGCCAAGCUGGUGGAUGAUAUCUGCUGAGCCCACAGAGUGGGGAAGGAGUAUUUUAAAGCACAAAGAAACCCUGCCUAGAAUGCAAACUUAUUUUGGAACCUUUAAAUCUGCGUUUGCGUUUUACAUAUAGAAGUAUGUAUGUGCGUGUAUAUAAUAUAUAUAUUUUAUAUAAAUAUAUAUAUAUAUAUAAAAAAAAUAGAUAAAGUGUUCAGUCAUGUUAAGAAGUAAAACCACUGUUGAGUUUCUUUAUAAUGACCCUUGCCUGGAAGGUUAUUAAAGCAUCUUGGGUUUAAGAUGCUGCAUUAUUUGAACAC